AUGAGAGAAACGCGCCCCGCGCGAGACGCAACGCGCGCGCCCGGCGCCGGGAGCCAAUGGGAGCGCGGGGAGGGCGGGCGACCCGGCCCUGAGGGCAACGGCCGCGCGCCGGCUGGUAGGCGAGCGUCGCCGGGCGGGCGCGCGCGUCGUGGGGCGGGCGCGGAGCGUGCGGGGGCCGCGCGCUGCCUCUCAGAGGCCGGACGGCACUGCCGGGAGGCGGCGGCGGCGGCGGCGACGCGGAGCUGGCCGCGGGUGAGGCAUCAUAACCUGGUUGAACUCUGUAUCCAGAAAGCCCAAGAUUAA